AUGAGGAAGUUUUCCAACGGAAGCUUGAGAAAUGCGAGAUUGAGGAAUUUGAAGAGCAGUUUUAGAAACACUGCGAAUCGAAUACCAAAGUACAGCACUUAUCUCCGGGCUCGUUUGCUGACUGAAAACAAAAACAGAGGGCCGCCACGAAUGCGGAAUUAUCCGAAAACAACGCUGCGCUCUUUCCAGAAUCAAAGGCCCGUUCCGACCCGUCCCGCACUGCCACCUGCUCAGAGAGCGAACAUUCCAGGACCAACGGUUUAUAAGGGGCCCGAACCUAAGUGGACCUUUACUUGGCAAAAGGGAGACUUUUGCUAUGGAAAUACUGGAGCAGCGCUUCCCUGCCAGGAACCAAUUCGAAAUGGCAGCAUGUGCAAGAAAAAACUGCCCUGGUCGGAUAGAGGGUGGACAGAAGUGGAGAUUUAUUGCUUGAGAAAUCCGAAUUAUCCAAAGUUGUCGAUUAGAAAAGAAAAAAUCAAACAGUGUUUCUAUCAAGACGGCCUGUACGAAUGCUGGGAGCACUGGUCGACCAACCAUUUAUUAGAAGAUUUCAACUAUUCUUCUUGA